AUGACCAAGUUAGUGAACAUCCAGCUGCUCCUUGCGAGCUGGAGUUGCCUGGCAGUCCUUGCCCAGGCAAAGUCCAUCGAUUCGCCCAUUGACUUCACCACAGACAAUGAUAACGCCAUUGCCAAGGAUGUGGACACCGAUCCGUUCGACAGUUGUCAAAUCUACUGUACUGGUGACCUGCUGCACACCAUCCAAAUGGCCAAGUUGUUCGCGGACUCAAAGACCUUUGUGGACAUGAAACUGAACAAUCCGCCAGCCAAGACCCUGGCGGACUUUGAGGCUAUGAUGGAGGCCAAGAACAGGACACCCAGCAGGGACGACUUGAAGCAGUUCGUUGAUGAGUACUUCAGCCCCAAGGGUACCGAACUGGAGGUGUGGACGCCCACGGACUGGAAGGAGAAUCCCAGCUUUCUCGAUCUGAUUCCCGACCCGGACCUUAAACAGUGGGGCAUGGAGCUGAAUAACAUUUGGAGAGAUCUGGGACGUAAAAUGAAGGACGAUGUCCUAAAGAACCCCGAGUACUACUCCAUUAUCCCGGUACCGAAUCCGGUCAUCAUACCUGGCGGUCGCUUCAUCGAGUUCUACUACUGGGACUCUUACUGGAUUAUCCGCGGACUGCUCUACAGCGACAUGCAUGAAACUGCUCGCGGCAUGAUCGAGAACUUCAUGUCGAUCGUAAAGAGGAUUGGUUUCAUUCCGAACGGUGGCCGAGUGUACUACCACGGACGCUCCCAGCCGCCACUACUGACCGGAAUGGUCAAGUCAUAUGUGGACUUCACGAAUGACGACCUGUUCGCUAUCAAUGCACUGGAGGUGCUGGAGCACGAGUACGAGUACUUUGUGAAUAACCACACGGUGCAGGUUAAGGGUCACAACCUGACCGUCUACCGUGACUCGUCGACGGGCCCGCGGCCAGAGUCCUACAGCGAGGAUGUGGAGACAGCCGAGAACUUUGACACCGAGGAGGCCAAGGAGGACCAUUAUAGUGAGCUCAAAUCGGCGGCCGAAUCGGGUAUGGAUUUCAGCUCCCGCUGGUUCAUCAAUGAGAAUGGUACCAAUGUGGGCAACCUUACACAUCUGAAAACCCGCUCCAUUGUCCCGGUCGACCUAAACGCCUUCCUGUACUGGAACGCCAAGCUGAUAGCCGAGUUCCACGCAAAGGCAGGCAACAUUGAAAAGGUCACCGAGUACGAGAACAAGGCUCAGAAGCUGCUGCAAGGCAUCCAGGAAGUACUGUGGAACGAGGAAGUCGGUUGCUGGCUGGACUAUGACAUGAUCAACCAGAAGCCGCGCAACUAUUUCGUGGGCACCAAUCUCUCGCCGCUGUGGGUAAAGGCCUACAAUAUUUCCGACUCCGAGAAGAUCUCCAAGUCGGUGCUGAAGUAUAUUGCGGAUAACAAGCUGGACACAUUCCCCGGCGGUGUUCCCAAUACACUGUACCAAACCGGAGAGCAAUGGGACUUCCCCAACGUGUGGGCCCCGCUGCAGUACAUUGUGGUUGAGGGUCUGAACAACCUGAAUACACCCGAGGCCAAGAAUUUGUCCAAGUCGUGGGCCAUCCGCUGGGUGAAGUCUAACUUUAAGGCUUACAGUGAUAACUUCCACAUGUACGAGAAGUACAACGCGGAACAGUUUGGAGGACAUGGUGGCGGUGGCGAGUACGGCGUACAGACCGGGUUUGGCUGGUCCAACGGCGUGGUAAUCGAGUGGCUGAGCAAGCACGGCCGCGAUAUGGACAAUGCCGGAGGUCGAGGCGGUGCAGCAGUUUCUCGCGUGAUGAGCAUUGUGGGCGUGGCAGCUGUUACCAUAGUAGCUCUGAUAGCAGGUCGUGUUCUAUGGUGAGAGACUCUGUGCCAAAUAAUGUGUAAUUGCUCCCCCAAUGCGAAUGUGAUUCCCCCCCCGUGUUUGCGUGUGUAGUGUUUGUAGUUGUUCAAGAGAUUGCAGUAUUAGAUUUUCAUUAUGCGCUAGUUGUUGAAGUGAGAGUUGUACAUACAGAAUUUACAUGGGCAUGCCCGACAUUGUUAUUAAUUUUUAAUAUAUUUAGAAAAUACCUAAGCCAAUCCUAGCUCCUCGCAACCAAAUGAAGACACAAAUACAAUUGUUAAACUAAUUUACAAACCUCGUUUGCCUUGUACUUUGGAAUAAACCAAAACCCGAACAAACCCAA